GAAGACAGCAGUAAUGCUAACUCUGGCAAGCAAGUUGAAGCGGGAUGAUGGUGUCAGAGGACCCCGUGCAUCCAAUCCAGCUUCCGAUUCAACUCGGAGGGUGUCUGUUCGAGAUAAAUUACUUGUUAAAGAGGUUGCAGAACUUGAAGCUAAUUUACCUUGUACAUGUAAAGUGAAUUUUCCUGACCCAAACAAGCUUCAUUACUUUCAGCUAACUGUAAUCCCAGAUGAGGGCUAUUACCAAGGUGGAAAGUUUCAGUUUGAAAUUGAAGUUCCUGAUGCUUACAAUAUGGUGCCUCCAAAGGUAAAAUGCUUGACAAGAAUCUGGCAUCCAAACAUUACAGAGACGGGAGAAAUCUGCCUAAGGUACCAACAGCAUUCUGUUUUCUUUAAACCUUGGAG